UGUCCUCCAGCAGUAUUUUCUGUUUCUCUCUGGCUCUUUACAGGUUCUAUACGCUUCCAGGUUGCCCUUACCAGUCCCGACCUCGACACCUGUCUUCUUUCAAGAAAGAAAACCGUCCUUUUCGCCUGGCUGUGUCCCUCCCCAGACUGCUCGCCUCCUCGUCCCGGCUGCCCAUCCUGAUCCUCGUUCUCGUCUUUUAUCUACACGGCCUGCAGAGCCGACACGAAACACGAAACAGGAAAUGGGUAUGCAGAUGACUGAACAGAGGCCUGUUGUUCUCCAGACUGCCAGUUAACCCCAUAACCAACAGCAACAAGAGCAGCAGACCACUGUUACACCUAACUUUCACCUUUUCUCUUUUCCCACCCAUCUCAGCCUUAUCUAUCAGUAGCAUGUCAGAGUUGUCGCCAGAGGAACAGCUGCACGAGUUUCAGCUCGCAGCAUCAUGCUUGAAAGGAUACCUACAACCGCAUACCGAACUCCAGAAACCAAAGGUGCUCAUCAUCUGUGGGUCUGGGUUAGGCGGCCUUUCGUCGUUGCUCAAAGAGGACGAGACUUACCACAGGGUGUCCAUCAAGUACAAGGACAUCCCCGGCUUCAAGGAACCGAAGGUGCCUGGCCACAACGGCGAGUUGGUGUUUGGCCACUUGGGCGGAAACGCCACCCCAGUGAUGUGCAUGGUGGGCCGGUUCCACUACUACGAGGGCCACUCAUUUUACUCCAACACCUUCCCUAUCAGAGUUGCGAAGCUGCUUGGCGUGGAGUAUUUGGUCGUAACUAAUGCUGCUGGUGGAGUCAACGAAACUUACAAAACCGGCGAUAUCAUGGUCAUCAACGACCACAUCAACUUCCCGGGAUUAGCAGGCCAGCACCCUCUCAGGGGCCUGAACUUGGACUACUUUGGACCAAGGUUCUUGCCCUUAUCCGACGCUUACGACUUUCAUCUGCGGUACGCACUGUUCGAAGCCUCCCAGAAGCUCGAACUCAAGAGAUCCAUUCAUGAGGGCACAUAUUUCUAUGCUUCCGGACCAACCUUUGAGAGUAGAGCUGAAUGCCGGAUGCUGAGGUUUCUUGGCGCUGACGCCGUCGGCAUGAGCACGGUCCCAGAAGUCAUUGUCGCAAGACACUGUGGUAUGAAAGUCAUUGGCCUCAGCUUGAUUACCAACUCGGUAUUGGGCGACAAGCCAGCCAGUGCAAAGGAGACAUGCCUUCGAGGUGACACCUACACAGCCGUUGACCAGACCAAGGGGAUGGCUAGCCAUGCCGAAGUGCUUGAAAGCGCAAACAGUGCAGCAGAAGACGUGAAGAGCUUAGUGGAAUACUUUGUCGGAACUUUAUAAAUAUUCAGAGCAGCUACACGAAUAAAUAAAUAGAUGUAUAAAUAAAUAGUUAAACGUUACAGAAAAAUACUAUACACAUGCAUGAAUUGCGAAGGAGAAGCAAACAACAAGGAAUCCAUAUGUGGCAAGAACGCAUCAGUCAAUGCUUUUUACCCACAGCCAGGGCAGCCGCCAGUGCAGCUCCGGACUCUCCGUUCGAUUGUUGCUGCGUCGAAACUAUAUCUUGACUCCUCCGCUUAUGGUUUUCUUUUUCUCUUUCC